UUAUUUGGCCUUUGGACAAAUGAUUCAUCAAUUUUGUCAGAUGAUUCAGUGAUGCUGAUACAGGCAAAACGUGUACUUGCAUCAGUUUCUUUUGUACAACUGUGCAGAAAUGUUCUGCCGUGUCUUGUGAUGAAAUUUUAAUGCCAAAAUAAUCAUAAAUUACCAUUCAUUGAAUUUUUUCUUCAAAUACAUUGAAAUCUGUCAUUUAAACUUUUCUUAUUAAAGUCCCUGUUAUGUCUGAUAUUAUGCGUGUCUGAAUGUGUUUGUGUGAGUUAGUGAUUUAACAAUUGCUUGCAUCAAAACAGUGGGGUAUUGGUCAUGACAAGUGAAAGAAUGACUCGAUCGAACAAUUGAAUUCCUGCUACUAACAAAUUAAGGAGACAAGAAAAACAAAAUUAACAAACAAAAGGGAGGAAACAUGCAGUCGUCUUAUCUACUUUUGGGGAUGCUACUACCGUUCUUCGCCCUUGAUAUUUGGUAUACAGGAAUUAUCAAAAUGGUGCAUUUGUGAUGAUAACACGACUUAUACUAUGGAUAAUGAAGACAACGAUAAUCGCUUAUCUCGUUAUCUUCGGUUUGCUGCCACUGAUAUUUCAUUAUUCUUCCACAAUACAGAGGAAAAUCCUUUUCCUGAAUUUUGUUUGUUGGCCACCGAGUACAGAUUUUUCAAAGCCUCAAUUACGAGGACUCGAGGGAACGAGAAAUUUUUAUCUCACUACAGAUGAGAAGGUGAAAAUCGGCGCGUGGCAAAUUUUGCCCCGAUCUCUAUUAAACGUUUCGGAAUCCUGGGAUGAUGAAAAAUAUGAACAGACAUUGAUGACAGCAAAAAGACCAGUAUUUUUGUAUAUGCAUGGAAACAGUGGAAACCGAGCGAGCACGCACAGAAUCGAGUUGUACAAAUUGUUCCAAGAACUCGAUUAUCACGUCGUCUGUUUUGAUUACCGAAGUUAUGGGGACAGCGAUUUGGCUGACUUAUCGGAAAUCGGAGUCGUCGCUGACAGUAAAUUCGUUUUGCAAUGGCUCCUCAAAAAAGUUGAUAGGACUGUACCAGUUUUCGUUUGGGGUCAUUCGUUAGGAACGGGAGUAUCUUCUCACGCUAUAGCUCAAUUAUCCGCGGAAGGAAUACAACCAAACGGACUUUUCCUCGAAUCGCCAUUCAACAACAUUGCUGACGAGCUGAGUGAACAUCCUUUCGCCCAAAUUUUUAAACAUCUGCCCUGGUUUCAUUGGUUAAUCGUUGAACCGUUCUACGGCAACAAUCUGCGAUUCGAGUCGGACAAACACAUCGGGAAUAUCACUUGUCCGAUAAUGAUACUCCACGCCGAAGACGACAGCGUCGUGCCGUUCUCCCUCGGCGAAAAAUUAUACGAGGCUGCUCUGAAAUUCCAAGGAAACGAAACGAAUAAGAUUCAAAUGACGCGUAUAUCUUCAUCUCUUGGAUUUGGUCACAAAUGGAUUUGUCGAUAUGAAGAAUUGCCAAUCAUCAUCGAAAAAUUCGUUGCUCAGUCGAGGGCGUUUCGAUGAAGGAGUACUUCAAAAAUAGUAUAUUUUUACACGAUGAUCAUUCGAGUGAUAUUUAUUCAAUAAUUGUAACUGCACCGGUAUGUGCAUAAAAAUCGAAGCGAGUGACGCUUUAUUAUUUCCUGGAUGAAUGAGCUGCUAUCGCUCAUUGAACGAACCAGUGAAAUAUCAUGAAUCCCCGAGCACUACUCACAAUCGCUAAUCGCUUAGAGACACUAAAUUUGUAUUGAAUGUGUCAGUGUAUCUGGUAAAAAUGUAUAUAUCCAUAUUCGUAUCUAUAUAUCUCACGGAAUGCUUUAAGUAUUGUGCAAAUGUGUGAAGAUGAAAAAGAAAUGUCGCUGUGAACUACUGAUAAGAUCAUUGAAAUCUCAAUAAAUUAUGUCUCAAUCGUAACGAUUUGAAAAAGUGAAAAAUAAAAUACGUUCGAAAACAGAA